UCUUAAUAAACUGUGGUUGAUAAAGCUUAUUUAUAUUUAUAUAUAUAUAUAUAUAUAUAUAUAAAAUAGCCCUUGACGAUAUACAUGCGUAUUUUUGCACGAGUACUGCUGACUUCCUUUUCACAGAGGGCAGGGCUAGCUGCUUCACGAGGAGUACAUAAAGUAGGGUCUUACAUCCUCAUAGCACUUGUUCUGCGUCAUCCACUAUUUUCCUUUCCUUCAUUAACUUUCCAUUCCUUGUUCUGUUACUACUUUCCGCCCGUCUUAAUAAUCUUCUCUUAUCUCUUCCUUCUGCAUGGAAUUGUCCUCUCAAAUUAUCACCAUUCCUAGUUCUUUAUCAUGAAGCAUUUUUUGGUCAGAGAUUCUACAAUGGGUAGUCUUUGGAUAUGCCAUUUCUUUCUGCUUCUGACCAUGCUGAAUGCUUCUUUCGUCACAAUUCUGGGAGAUAAUGCCUCAGAUUCCUACUGGCUUCUUAAAAUGAAGUCACAACUGGUUGACCGAUUAGGAGCUCUGAAAGAUUGGUCUCCAAUGGUUCCUAUGUGUAGCUGGUAUGGAGUAACAUGUUCACAUGACCAGUCUCAUGUUAUAGGCCUGAACUUGUCCGGUUCUGGAAUAUCAGGUUCCAUGUCGAUUGAGCUCAGCCACCUCACUUCUCUUCAAACACUUGAUUUGUCUUCAAAUUCCCUCACCGGCUCUAUUCCUUCUGAGAUUGGGGUGCUACAGAAUCUAAGAAUACUUCUACUUUUCUCAAAUUAUCUGUCUGGCACCAUUCCUGCAGAGAUAGGUAAUUUAGAGAAGUUGGAGGUUCUCAGAAUAGGAGACAACAUGUUGACAGGUGAAAUCACACCAAGUAUAGGUAACUUGAAGGAGUUGAAAGAGUUGGGUUUAGCUUUCUGCUACUUUAAUGGAAGCAUACCCAGUGAGAUUGGAAGCUUGAAGAAUCUAGUUUCUCUUGAUUUGCAGAUGAACAGCCUGGGGGGCCACAUGCCCAAAGAAAUUCAAGGCUGUGAAAACCUACAAAAUUUUGCAGCAGCAAACAACUUGCUUGAAGGAGAUAUACCUUAUUCUUUGGGGUCUCUUGUAUCAUUGCAAAUUCUGAAUCUAGCCAAUAAUAGUCUCUCUGGAUCCAUUCCCUCUAGCUUGAGCCAUCUCUCCAAGUUGAAAUACCUGAAUUUGCUUGGAAACAAACUAAGCGGGGAAGUUCCUUCAGAACUUAACAGUUUGGCUCAGCUUCAGAAGCUAGACUUGUCCAAGAACAAUCUUUCUGGACCAAUAAACCUCUUUAAUACCGAACUAAAGAGUCUCCAAACUCUGGUUCUGUCUGAUAAUUUUUUGACAGGUAAUAUUCCAGCCAACUUCUGCUUCAGUGGCUCCAAACUUGAGCAACUUUUCUUAGCUCGGAAUAAACUUUCUGGUAAGUUCCCGUUGGAGUUGCUUGAUUGCUCCUCACUUCAACAAUUGGACCUUUCUGAUAACAGCUUUGAAGGUGAACUCCCAACAACCUUAGACAGACUGCAGAACCUUACAGAUCUUGCUCUUAACAACAACAGCUUCACGGGAUCUCUUCCUCCGGAAAUUGGAAACAUCAGUACCUUGGAGGGCCUUUUCCUGUUUCACAACAUGUUUACAGGAGAAAUCCCGGUGGAAUUUGGAAGGCUUCAGAGGUUGGAAACCAUAUACCUUUAUGAUAACCAGAUGUCCGGUCCCAUACCAAGAGAGCUAACAAACAGUACAAGCUUAAGGGAAAUUGACUUCUUUGGGAACUAUUUUUCUGGGCCCAUUCCAGAGACCAUAGGUAAGCUCAAGGACUUGGUUCUGCUUCAUCUGAGGCAGAAUGACUUGUGGGGUCCUAUACCUCCAAGUAUGGGGUACUGCAAAAGUCUUCAGUUAUUGGCAUUGGCAGAUAAUAAAUUGUCUGGUUCUAUACCACCUACAUUUAGUUACCUUUCAGAACUUAGAACCAUUACCCUUUACAAUAACUCUUUUGAAGGACCACUUCCAGAGUCACUCUUUCUUCUCAAAAAUCUUAAAAUCAUAAAUUUUUCUCAUAACCGGUUCACUGGAACUAUCCUUCCUCUCACUGGUUCACAUUCUCUGAAUGCUUUGGACUUGACUAACAAUAGCUUCUCAGGUCCCAUCCCUUCAAACUUAGCCAUGUCAAGAAAUCUCAGCCGUCUAAGACUUGCACAUAACCAACUCACAGGAAGCAUUCCAUCUGAAUUUGGUCAGCUCAAUGAGCUCAACUUCCUUGAUUUGUCUUUUAAUAAUUUGACAGGAGAGGUGGCACCUCAACUCUCGAACUGUCAAAAGAUCCAACACUUUCUACUUAAUAAUAACAGAUUGAGAGGGAAGAUGCCUUCUUGGUUGGGAAGUUUGCGAGAACUUGGUGAACUGGAUCUCUCAUUCAAUGUCUUCCAUGGAAGCGUACCUUCCGAGCUUGGAAACUGUUCAAAAUUGCUGAAGCUUUCUCUCCAUCACAACAAUCUCUCUGGUGAAAUACCACCAGAGAUUGGAAAUCUCACUUCCCUCAAUGUCCUCAACGUGCAAAACAAUCAUUUCUCAGGCUUGAUUCCUUCAUCCAUUCAGCAGUGCAAGAAGCUAUAUGAGCUCAGGCUCUCAGAAAACCUCUUUAAAGGUGAUAUACCAGAUGAGCUGGGAGGACUGACGGAACUCCAAGUGAUAUUGGACUUGAGCAAAAACCUCUUAUCUGGGAAAAUACCAUCAUCACUGGGAAACCUCAUGAAGCUAGAAAGGCUCAAUCUUUCUUUUAAUAAUCUUCACGGACAGGUUCCUCUUUCUGUUGGAAAACUAACAAGCCUGCACGUGCUGAAUAUCUCGUAUAACCAUCUCCAAGGUCAGAUUCCUUCAACAUUCUCAGAGUUCCCACUAAGCUCCUUCGUGAACAAUGACCACUUGUGUGGCCCACCAUUGGUAUCGUGCUCAGGAUCUAAGGGGCAAGGUCAAGUGGAGCUUUCUAAUAAAGCAGUGGCUGCAAUCAUAGUGGCCAUUGUCUUUACUUCUACUUUGAUAUGCUUAGUGUUGCUGUAUAUUAUGGUGAGGAUUUGGUGUAACUGGAGGAAAGUUGCGAUUUCAAGUGCAGACGGAGGCAUGGGUGAGCGAAAGAAAGAGGAGGCUAGAUGGAUCUAUAGUGAUAAGAAAACGAGAAAUGGAGAGUAUUGGAAUAUGAACACUUUUGGAUUUAGUCCUUCACCGGAUAAGCAGAGUCCAGGAUCAACAGCUUGUGUUUUCAAUCUUAAAAAUGCAGAAGCAGUGGGAAACUCCUUGGUCUGACAGAAGAUUUUCUAUUCAUUUGUUUGUUAUAUUUUUCCAGCUCCUUGUCUCUCUACCUCGUAUAGCUCUGAUGUCCUUUAAGGUUCUAUACCGCACUUGUUUGGCUUCUAAAUUUGCAGAUUGCGAGAUCUCAAUUGAAUGCACAGAAGCAGUCAUUCAAAGAGGCAAAUGAUUGAUACUGAUUUCAAUAUUACAUGGUUUGGUUAAACAUUUUAGUUGGUGAUAA